AUGGCUAUUGAUUGGAAUAGACCAUCGAAUGCAUCAGCACGAUUUCGUCGUAGUCCUUUAUUAAUUGUUAACGAAAGUCCAACUAUUCAAAAAGCCAAACAACGUAAUAUACAAGAAGAAAUAUCUCUCUACCAACGAUUAAAAACGAUCCAAAUGGAUGAGAAAUAUUGUAUUAAUAAAAUCAAUAUUAAUAAACGCUUAACGGAAUACAAAUUUCGUGCUACAGUAACUAUGAGUUCUGAUUUACAACCUCAUCAUCAGACAUCUUUUCAGGAUACUAAUCAUCAACGAAAAUCAAAGUUUCGUCAACAACAGUACCAAUCUAUGCCACCUCCUUCUCCUAAUGAAUUUACACAAAGUGCUUUAACUCAGAAUAUCUUUCGUAGCCAUAGUAAAUAUGGUGCUGAAUGGUUUAAUGACAAUUUAGCCAAAGUUGUCUCAAAAUGGAGAAUUGAUAAUCAUUACGAUCGUUAUAAUCCACCUUUUGAGGAGACUUAUGCUUAUAUCAAUACUAUGCCACAUGCAAGACCACCAUCAUCCUUGGCUUCUUAUUGGAUUUCUAAAAAGCAACGCUCUAAAAAGCAAGCACUAAUUAAUUAUGAAUAUAACCAGCGUUUAUUAGAGCGUGAAAUGCGUACUGUUAAAUCAACAUCACCUUAG